AUGAAAAUUUGCAAUUAUAUAUUUGGAAGGGUAGUAGAUUCAUAUUAUUACAUUGAAAAAAUUAAAAAUAUUUUUGAACAUAGUAGAAUUAACAAAUAUAUUAAGGAAAUAAAUUUAUUGAGCAAAUUUGUUAAUAAUUAUAAAUUAGGAAUUGAGAAAAAUAGAAAUAAAAUUAAAAAAGAUGUUCAUUUAUUAUUAAAGAAUAAUUAUUUAUCGUUUGAAAAUUGUAUUGAUGAUGAAUUGAUAUUAGUAAAUAGAUAUAUUUACUUUGAAAUUAGAAGUGAGGACUAUAUUAUGAUAUGCAGAAAAAAAGUAAAAAGAAAAUGUAUUAAUAAUUUGGAUUUUUAUCAAAAUAAGUCAAUUAAUGUAUUAAAAAAUGAGAAGAUUAUUUCUAAUUUAAUAUCAGAAAUUGUUGUUAUAUUUCCAAUAAAUUUUAAUAUAAAAUUUUUUAAGAUACAUAAAAAUUAUCUAUUUUCAUUUAUAAUUGAAAGAAAUGAUGAUCAUUUGAAUUAUUGCUAUUUAUUUAAAAAUACUAUUCCUAUAAAAGAUAUAUAUAUUGAUAAAAUAAAUCAUGGUGAUACUUUGAAAAACAUUUGCUGUGAAGAUGCAGUAAAAAAUAAUUUGAAGAAAAGGAAAAGAAAAGAAGCAAAAAAUAAAUUUAUGUUAAAACAAAAAGAGGAUUUUUUGAAAAAAGAAUAUAUAUAUAAUUAUAAAAAUAAUAGAAGUGAAGCAAAAAAUGAUAUAUAUGAAUGUUAUAAUAAAUACAAUUUUAAUUGUAAUUAUAGCAAUUUAUAUAGAAUAAAAUUUUCUAUGAUAGCAAAUUGUACUUACUUAAAAGCUGGAAUACAAAAUAUAGAAUUUCUGAAUUUAAAAAAUAAAAGAGAUUUUUUAUCUACUGAAUUGAACAAUCAAUACAGGUGUGAUAAAUGUUAUUUGAAUUGUUCUAUUAAUUAUAAGAAAUUAAUAUAUGAAGAAAAACAAGAAGAAUAUUUUUUAAAUUUAUACAAAAGUAAGGAUCAAAAAAAAAUUUUUCUUUUAAGUGGUAGCCAUUUACAUAAUAAAUUAUUUUUGCUUCAUGUAAAUAAUAAAAAAAAUAAUAAGAAUUAUCAAAUAAAUUUGAUUCAAUUUAAGUGUUCCUUUUUAAGAGGUAAAUGCUUUUUAGAAAAUUUCUAUCAUCAUAUUAUUUUUAUAUAUCAAAAUGGUAACAAUAUAGAUAUAUAUUUUAUGAAUGACAACAAAUUAAAUUACAUUUUAGAAAAAAAAAAGAAAAAAAAAGACGAAAUAUUAUAUGCUCCUAAGUAUAUGGUUUUUUUAAGAAAAGAAAUAAUGCAAAUAGAUAAUUUUUUAAAAAAGUUGGUAACAUUAGAAAACUACAUUUUACAAGAUUUCGAUUUCACUAAAUAUGGGAUAAUUCUUUAUUUAUAUAAAUAUUUUUUAAAGCCUUAUAUAUGUGUAAUAUAUUUAUUUAGAAGGCAUGCUUGUUUAAUUAAUGAUAAUAAUAACGAUAGUAGUUAUAGUAACAAAAAUAACAAUGGCGAUAAUGGCAAUAAGAAAAAUCUAAAGUCUAAUAUUUUAAAAAAUAUGUAUAAUAAAAAAGAAAAAGGAUUAAUUGCAAAAUUAAAAAUAUUUGUUCUCCCAAUUAAAAAAGGAAGUGUAGUGUGUGGUGUUAACAAUAUUUUUGAAAAUUCUUUUAUAAAUUUUUAUAUAUCCAAUACAUUUAUAAAUAAUAUUAGUUUAGUAAUAAAUUUGAGGAAAUGCUUAAUUGCAUUGCCUAAAAAUAUAUAUAAAGAUAAAAAGUAUUUCUUUAAAAGUAAAAAUAUUCUAUAUGAUAUAGAACUCGAACAAAUAUUUCAAAAAAAUAAAGAGUUUGAAAUAACUGAUGUAUUUAUAAAUACAAGAGAUAAUAAAAAAAUUCCUAUUACAUUAAUUUAUAAAAAAAUUAAUAAUGAUAACAUAUAUAAAAUGGAUAAUGCUUAUACAAAUUUUUACCAGCAUGUAAAUGAAGAGAAUGAUGAAUUAAAAGAAUAUAAAAAUAAUACAACUGCUAAUAAUUAUAGUAUUUAUAAAAGCCACCUACCUUUUUUUACUAAUUCUAGUAAGUCAAUUAUUAAUGUUUAUCCAUUUUACAAUGAGAUGAAUAUAUGCAGUUAUACCGAUGAAUAUUAUUUUUACCUUUUGAAUAAUUUUGUUAUUAUUUAUUUACAUAUAAGAGGGUCAGGGGGAACUCAAAUUAAGAAGGAUAAAAAUAUAUCAACUUAUGAAAAAAUAAAAAUGAUUCAUGAUUUAAUUGAUUGUAUUAAUUUUAUUAAAUAUAAAAAUAUAAGUGAUACGCAAAACAUUUCCUUAUAUUUAUAUUCUAAUAGUGGAUUAUUUGGCGGAUAUAUAUUAAAUCAUUUAAGGAAAUACGUUCAAAAUAUUAUUUUUAUAAAUCCGUUACUAGAUUUUUUUAAUAAUUUAACAAAUAUAAAUAAUCCCUACGUAAAAUCAGAAAUGUUAAUAUUUGGUUAUAUGAAUGAUAACUCACUUCUUUUAAAAAAUAACACAAUAGAAGUAUACCAAAAAAAAAAAAAAGAAAAAAAAAAAAAAAUUCUUUAUAGAUGUAUAAAAAAUAUCCAAAAUAAUUUUCCUUUUUUGAGAACUUAUAGAAAAUAUAUAUACAUAAAAGGAAAAUAUAUAAACAAUUAUAAAAAAUGGAAAUUUAAAAAUUUUAUGAAUAAUAAUCAAAGAAACUUAUUUUUUUUAUAUUCUUUUUGCCCUUAUUAUAAUAUAACACCAAAUUACUUUGAAGUAUUUACAAAUGAAAAAAAUCAUAAAAAGGAAAUAAUUUUGAUAAAUGAAAAAAAUAUUCACUUAAAAAAUAGAGCUAUUUUAUUUCUAAAUAAAUAUGAUGUAAUAUGCCCUAAUUAUAAUUCAAUUAAAUACUUCUUAAAAUAUUUUAAUUACAAAAAAAUAGAAAUAAAUCAUUACUAUUAUCUAACAACAGAUCUAACAAUAAUAAAUAAAAAAAUGAAUUUUUUAAAUUAUCAUAAUAUAGAUAAACAUAAAGAAGAUUUUUACAUUUCUUUCUCUAAAAGUGGUGGGCAUAGUGGAUUUAAUGAUCAUUUAUCACUUUUAAAUCAGACAAUAGAUAAAAUAUAUUUUCAUUUUUUUUAA